AUGGCAGUUCCCAAAGGAAACGUGGUAUUGCCUCGAAAUGAAGGACCCAAAGCUGUCAUGUUUGACGGGAAGGUGUCCCCUCGAAGUGGACCCGCCAAGACGGUCAUGUUUCAUGGCAAGGUGGAACCAAUUCACCGAAAAGACGAAGCAACAAAGGAAGACGUUCGGUGGUACACUGGGAAUGAAUACUUCUUUAUGCGACGCAGAGCUACCAACUUGGCCAAACGAUUGGAGGAAUGUGAUGAUGAUGAUGAUGGCGAAGAUUGCAGUCGUGGGUUGGAGAUUGUGGAAUCCACUGCCAUUCAGGAACGGUAUUUAAAGGUUCAGAGACUAGUGCAUACAGUGGUUGCAAAGCAUAAGCAGGCUGCUGAUCCGGAGGCGAUUGCGGAACUUUCAAGAAAGGCUUCGCAAGAUUCCAUUCAGGAAUCGAUUCGAUUGGCAAAAAAUGAUGCGAAACAUGCCAAAAAGAUUUUGUCGGAGACUCGAAAGGAAUGGCAUGGAAAAGAAAAGCUAUCCACCAUCAAUCGAAUCAAGCGUUUGUUCAAAAGGAGGAAGAAAAAGAAGAAGUAA